GUCAUCACGCAGCGUCGGACUUACCUUUAACACGUCAAGUCAUUCGCCUGGAGUUUGAAGCUCAGAGAGCGGGAAACGGCGAGAAAGUGGGGCAUGAAUUAUGGCCGUCCCUUUUGUUGAAGGUUGGGAUCUGGUCCAGACUCUUGGAGAAGGAGCAUACGGAGAAGUGCAGUUGGCUGUGAAUCGGAAAACUGAAGAAGCCGUGGCUGUGAAAAUCGUUGAUAUGAAGCGUGCUGCUGAAUGUCCAGAAAAUAUCAAGAAGGAGAUCUGUAUCAAUAAGAUGCUGCACCAUAAGAACAUUGUUCGAUUUUAUGGGCACCGUAAAGAAGGCAACAUUCAGUACCUCUUCCUGGAAUACUGUCGUGGAGGCGAGCUGUUUGAUCGAAUUGAGCCGGAUGUGGGAAUGCCGGAGCAUGAAGCACACUCCUUUUUCCAGCAGUUGAUCGCUGGCGUGGAGUAUUUACAUGGCCUUGGGAUUACGCACAGAGACAUUAAACCAGAAAACCUGCUCCUGGAUGACAGAGAUCAGUUAAAAAUCUCAGACUUUGGGUUGGCGACUGUAUUCCGACAUGGCGGCAAGGAGCGAUUGCUGAACAAGAUGUGCGGAACACUUCCCUAUGUGGCACCUGAGCUUAUCAAGACUAGAGGGUUUCAUGCAGAACCUGUGGAUGUCUGGUCGUGUGGAAUCGUCUUAACUGCCAUGCUGGCCGGAGAGUUACCCUGGGAUCAGCCAAACGACGCAUGUCAAGAAUACUGUGACUGGAAAGAAAAGAAGCAUUAUCUUAACCCCUGGAAAAAGGUGGAUUCAGUACCUCUGGCGUUGCUGUGUAAGAUACUGACUGAACACCCAGAUACCAGAAUAACCAUUCCAGGAAUCAAAAAAGAACGGUGGUUUACAAAAAUAAUCAAGAAGGGUUUAAAGAGAAGUCGCGUAUCCUCAGGUGGAGGAUCAGAUUCACCAGGAAACCUCUUUAAACAUAUCCGGUCUGAAAUGGAGCUGUCACAGGUCUCUCACAGUGGAGAUAAGACAACCUAUUCCAGUACCCAGCCAGAGCCACGCACAGCCAUGCCAGCAUGGGACAGUAAUCCCUCUCUCAUAGACAACUUGGUUCAAGGCAAAGGGUUGAGCUUCUCACAGCCAGCCUGCCCUGAUAACAUGCUCCUCAACAGCCAGUUACUGGGUACUCCUGGUUCCUCGCAGAAUCCAUGGCAGCGAUUGGUUAAGAGGAUGACCAGGUUCUUUACCCGGGUGGAUGCUGAAAACUCAUACAGCACUCUGAAAGAUAACUGCGAAAAGAUGGGCUACGUCUGCAAGAAAACUUGCCCCAACCAGGUAACACUUUCUACCAUGGACAGAAGGAAUAACAAGUUAAUAUUCAAGGUGUCUGUCUUCGAAAUGGAAGAGCGAAUUUUGUUGGAUUUCCGUCUUUCCAAGGGAGACGGUCUGGAAUUUAAAAGACAUUUCCUUAAGAUUAAGAAGAAACUCGAUGACAUUGUUGCCAACCAGAAAUUGACUCUAUCCACCACAUGAUAAAGGGACUUCACCAAUACUGGACAUGGUUCUCUUGGGCCCCGUACCUUCUCACUCAUGUUAUUAAGUAAUAGUUUGAUCCAAUAUCCAUAUUGUUAUUGAACGUGUUUCUGUGAGUUGUGCAAGAGUUGGGGCUGUAUGUCUGCUCACAUUUGUGCUGUUCAGGAGAGAAAGGAGUCCGAUUAGAAUUGUAAUGUAUCAUCACAUUGGGGUGUAAAAAUAUUACUGUUUGUGGGUUUUCUCUUCUGUGCUCAUCAGAAGGCUGUGCAUAUGUUGCUCUUCUACAAUAUUUUUUUUAGAUCGCAGUGCACAGUGAGUUAGCGUAGAACUGGAAAUUUGAUAAAACCUGGUUGCGGUAAUUACAUUCCAUCCAUGUCUGAUGAUAUAUGAUGAAGAGGUCCCUGUGGAUUGCAUCAGACUUUGUGUCCUUUCCUUCCCAAAUGUAAUGAAAGGAAAGCCACAAAUCCUAGUGUGCGGGAUUCUGCACAGUAUGCAGUCAUGGAACAAUUAACGUGGGCGCUCUGCAGGAAAUGCAGUUAAAAUACUUUAUUACUUUACUUAUAAAGCUAGAUAGAUCAUGAUUCUUCGUUCUGUGUCAGUCUCCUCCAGCAGCAUCCAGAAAUCUGAUUUUGUGUCUUGCAAAAUGCCUCUAAUAAAACUGAGGAGUCCAAAUGCUUUGGACCAAAAGAUUUGUAAAUGUUCACAUUAAAUAAUUUGACAUUAA